GUCAACGGUCAGUGUGAGACUGUGCCUGUGCAGGACCCGCCCCUGCGGAGAACGUGCUUGCUCUUGGUUCUCCUGGCUUUGAUUAAAAGAGGCUCAGCUUCCAGGGCGGUUUUGUCGACUUUUCGCCCUGGUUCUCCUGGUUGCUUGCGGCUCGAUAUCUCUCUUCCCAUGGGCAUGGCCUGAGAUACCGAUGGUUUUUGCCUGAUGUCCUCUGCAGCAGCCUCUGCAUUGUGCGCCCUGGACCUGUCCAGCCCCUACUGCCCCUAUUCGACCUAACGUUGUUAUUACGGAAUGGCGUCCAACAGCUCCUUGACGCAAUGUCCAGAUCCCUUGAUUGCAGAGCUCCCCUUCGAGAACAGCGGUGGAUAUGAUAAAGGACGCUGGUGUCAACCAUAUACUGUCGGAGACGAAUCCAUUUCGUGCUGCUUCCCUUGCCCGAUCACCGACUGGAGAUAUUCGGAUGAGUUCAAUGCUGAUAUGGUGCCCUGGAUCGGGCUGGCUGUUCUUAUCCUCAUGGUCAUUUCUGCCCUGACCUACAUUGUCCUUCCUACGAGUGCCACACAGCGACACUACCUGACCUCCAGUCCUCUAAUGGGAUUCAUCUUCAUGUCGAUUGCCUUUAUCAUCCCCCUCGGGCCCUCAGUCGAAUUCUGCUACGAUGCGAUCACACCGAACUACUGGCUAUCCGAUACAACUUGUGCCUUUUCCGGAUCAUUACUUCUAUACGGUGUCUGGGUUCUGGUAAUCGGAUGUUUCUUCCGAUCGGCCUCCCUCUACCUCCAACUCUGCUGGGACGUCGAGCCGGGCAAAAAGUUCCGCGCCAUCUCGAUUAUCUGUAUCUUCCUCGGCUCUCUGGGAAUGCUUGGAAUCGCCCUCGGAGUAUCAGGAGUCUCCUAUCAAAUCGGUGACGUGUGUUAUAUCAGCUAUCCCGAUAGCAUCGGAUCAUUCUGGGGACCGUUGAUUGGCGUCGCAUUCAUCUCCUUUGCUAUGCAGCUGUUUAUCAUGGGGUACUGUAUCCGCGGUGUGCUCACUCGCGGAGGGACAGCCCGGUUCUCCAUCUUCAAGCGGCCGGGGUCGCCGAGUGAUCUAACAACAGCUGUUCCCACCCGCUCAACCUCCACACGUGUCUGGCGGAUCCUUCAGCUGCAGUGGCGUGCUAUUGCCAUCGCGUGCUUGAUUCUAUUCCAUGUCGUAUACGUGGGACAGGCGGUCCUGCGAUUCCGUGACCCGGCAGCAUACUCGGACGAUGAGUUACAACCCUGGAUUGAUUGCUUGAUAGGCUCAAAGGGAGACCAAGAAGCAUGUCUGGACUAUGCUAGUCGCAUUGAGCCUAAUCAGGCCACCGUAGUGUCGGCCCUCGCUCUUCUAGCCGCCACCGGCUUCUGGGGCGUCAUAUGCACAUUCCGCUGGUCAAUGGUCAUAGCAUGGCUAGAAUGGACGAGGGAUAGAAAAGACGACCUCAUGGACUUUAUCCGAGGCACACCGAGUCGCGAGCGACCAAACGAUCUCGAGCGUGUAUCCAGCAACGCUGACGCUGUUUCACUAACAACAAUCUCCUCUCCGACGACCCUCGCAGACGUGGAUCAGAUCUACGGGACGAGGAAGUACCAUCGCCCCCAGAAUAGCUUCUCGGCGCCUGGGCGCAUCAGUACGCUGACAGGGACAACGGUCAUGACGAUAUCCAGUAGUCAGACGUAUGAUCUCAAGUCUUCGUUCUGA